AUGGGUACUGCUUCUUCUGCUUUAAUAUCUUCUUCUCAAUCAACUUAUUCAAAGAACUAUGAUGUGUUCAUCAGUUUUAGAGGAGAGGACACACGCACAAAUUUCACCAGCCAUCUUCAUUCUGCUCUCACCCACAAGUCCCUGAGAACCUUUAUUGAUUAUGAGCUUCCCAAAGGCGAUGAUAUCUCGGAAUCUCUCAUCCAAGCAAUCAAGGAUUCUAGUAUAUCUGUCGUGGUCUUCUCAGAGAACUACGCUUCCUCAAAAUGGUGCUUGGAUGAACUCACCCAGAUACUCCAGUGCAGGAAAGAUUUAGGCCAGUUUGUUAUUCCUGUGUUCUACAAGGUUGACCCAUCAGAUGUUCGCAAGCAGAAGGGGACUUACCAGGAGGCAUUUGCAAAACAUGAGAGAGAUUUCAGGCACAACCAGGGCAAGUUGAAGAAAUGGAAAGAUGCUCUUUUUGAAACUGCCAAUUUAGCUGGAUGGCACUCUCAAUCCUUCAGGGACGAAGCUGAACUAAUUCAGAACAUUAUUAAGGAUGUUUUGCAAAAAUUGGAUCGCAAGUAUCCAAGUAUAUUAGAAGGUCUUGUUGGAAUUGAUGAAAAUUGUGAAUGCAUUGAGUUGUUACUGAGAAAAUUUUCAAUAAUUGGAGUUUGGGGAAUGGGUGGGAUAGGUAAGACAACCAUGGCUAAGGUUGUAUUUGACAAACUAUCUCCUCAAUAUCAAAGUUGCUGUUUCUUAGAAAAUGUAAGGGAAGAGUCAGAAAAGCAUGAAUUAAAAUAUAUACGUGAUAAACUUGUUUCAGAGCUGCUUAUGGAAGAAAAUAUCCAUCUUACCCAACCUAAAGUUUUGGGAUCUACUUUUGUUAGGAGAAGGCUUAGCUGCAGAAAAGUUUUCAUUGUGCUAGAUGAUGUUGAUAGUUCAGAGCAAUUAGACUAUCUCGCUAGAGAAUGUGAUUGCUUGGGGCAAGGUAGUAAAGUCAUCAUAACAACAAGAAAUAGGCAUAUGCUUAUUGGUAGAGUUAAUGAAAUAUAUGAGGCCAAGCCAUUGAAGUAUCAAGAAUCCUUCAAGCUUUUCAACUUGAAAGCUUUUCACAAUGAUCAUCCUGAAAUUGGAUAUGAACAGCGAUCAAAAAGGGUUGUUACUUACACCAAAGGCAAUCCUUUAGCUUUAAUAGUUCUGGGUUCUUUUCUUUACUCCAAAACUAAAGAAGAAUGGGACAGUGCGUUAAGAAAAUUCAAAAGGAUUCCACAUGAAGAUAUUCAGGAAGUGUUAAAAUUGAGCUACAACGGAUUAAACGAUGAAGAGCAGGAAAUAUUUCUAGACAUUGCGUGCUUUUUGAAAGGUGAACUUAAAGAACAUAUAAUACAGCUAUUAGACAGCUAUGGAUUCCAUGCAAGAAUUAGCAUUAGAACCCUCCAAGAUAAGGCUCUUAUUACUGUGGGUGAAAGAUUGUGGAUGCAUGAUCUAAUACAAGAAAUGGGUUGGGAGAUAGUUCGUCAAGAAUGUAUUAAAGAACCAGGAAGACGCACUAGAUUAUGGGACCCUAAGGAAGUCUAUGAUGUAUUGAGAAGCAAUCGGGGAACUGAAGCUGUCGAAGGCAUAAUCUUAAAUGUGUCUCGAAUUAAAGAUAUAUACUUGGAUGCCGACACCUUCAAAAAGAUGACUAAUUUAAGAUUCCUGAAAUUUUAUUCCUUAUGCAAUGCUGGAUCAUUCAAUGUGCAUCUUCAGAAGGGUCUUGAGUCUAUUUCUGAUAAAUUAAGGUACUUUCAGUGGGAUGGGUACCCUUUGGGUUCUUUGCCAUCAACUUUUUGUACUGAGAGCCUUGUUGAACUGAAAAUGCAAUACAGCCAUGUUCAAACACUUUGGGAUGGCGUGCAGGAUUUUGUAAAUUUGAAGAGAAUAGAUCUUCGUUUUUCCAGAAAACUGAGACAGUUGCCUGAUUUCUCCAAGGCCCAUAAUCUGGAAUUGGUGAAUCUAUAUUACUGUGAAAGUUUGCGUUAUGUCCAUCCAUCUAUCUUAUCUCUCAAGAGCCUUGUUUCUUUGGAUUUAGGCAAAUGCAAAAACCUCGAGAGUCUCCAAAGCGAUACUCAUUUAAGAUCUCUUAGAAAAGUCCUUGUUCAUGACUGCCCUAAUCUGAAGGAAUUCUCUUUAUCAUCCAAAGAACUAAGAUGUUUAUUUUUAGGGUCAACUGGUAUAGAAAUUCUACACCCAUCAAUCGGAAGUCUUGCAAAGCUUAGAAGUCUUCAUCUCAAUGGUUCAAAAUUGAAGAAUCUUCCACUAAAGGAGUUAUGUUGCUUAAGAUCUCUUGAGGAUCUUGGUAUCUACAACUAUGCGUUUGACAAACAUGUGCUGCACAUGCUAUUUGAUGCCUUACGUGCUUUACGAAUACUAAGCUUCCUGAAUUGCUCUAACUUAACUGAGCUCCCAAACAACAUCAAGCAACUCUCAAGACUUCAAAGGCUUCAUUUGAGAAGUUGCAGAAAUCUUCAAUGUUUACCAAAGCUCCCUAUGUCUGUUAAAGAGCUAGAUGUCUCCAACUGCCCAUCAAUUUCAAUCAACUGUAAGUUGUUGAAGGAAGUAGGAAAAUUGGUUCCAGCACUGCACACCUCCUCAAUUGGGCAUCUUGGCAAUCUCAAAACUCUACUUCUUGAUGCUUCAAGUCUUGGCAAUCUUCCAAUAACUGAGUUAUGUUGUUUUAGAUCUCUCAAGGAGCUUCGCCUUCGAAAAUGCAGACACCUAGUGGAUGAACCAAAGCUACAUAUACUAUUUGAAUCCCUGCAAUGUCUACAAAUACUGGAUUUGGAGGACUGUUCUGGCUUAACUAAGCUCCCCAACAAUAUCAAACAUCUCUCACGGCUGCAAAAACUUACUUUGAAUGGUUGCACUAAGCUUCAGUUUUUACCCCAGCUUCCACGGUCUCUUAGAAAUUUUAUGGCCAGUAAUUGCACAUCAUUAGAGAGAGUGUUCGCUUCAACAAUUUCAAGGCUAUUACGGUCAUUCCUCAAUUCAUCUCUAAGGAAAAAAAUCAAGCGGCUGUGA